GAUAGCAAGAAGAAAGCAACAGCGUACGACGAUCUAGCCUGGUUGUAUUACGAUGUUGGAGACUAUGAACAAAGCACAACAUACGGCACGAAAUUACAAAAAAUUAGCGAAAAGAUGGGGUACAAGAAGCUCGAAGCAAACGCAUACCAUGUUCUAGCCUGGGCGUAUAAAGAUUACGGAGACUAUGAAAAAAGCAAAGAGUUCAGCAACGAAUUACUAAGGAUGAGCGGGGGAUUGGAUGAUAUGCAACUCAAGGUAUCAGCACACGAAGUACUAGCCUGGUCGUCUUUCCAUGUUAAAGAAUAUAAAAAUAGCAUCACAGAAGGAAAGAAAUUACUAAAAGAUAGCGAGAAGCUAGAAAAUAAGAAAGUGGAAGCAAAAGCAUGCGAUGUUCUAGCCUGGUCGUAUCUCAUGGAGGAGAGAUGUACAGACAGCAUAGAAUACGGCGAACGAUUACUAAGUAUUAGCGAGGAAUCGGGUGAUAAAAAAAUGGAAAUAUCGGCAAGAGAGGUUUUAGCUUGGUCGUUUUAUGACCUUAAAAAUUAUAAACAAAGUGAAAAACUUGGCACAGAAUUGCUACGCAUUAGCAAGAAAAUGGGGGAUAAGGCACAUGAAAAAUCAGCUUGCGAAAUUCUAGCCUGGUCGUGUUAUGAACAAAGUGACUAUAGACGAAGCAAAGAAUACGGCAAAGAUUUGCUUAGCAUUAGCAAAAAAUUGGGGAGUAAGAAAGAAGAAGUACAAGCGUGUGAUGUUCUAGCAAAGUCGUAUUGUGAAGAGGGAAAUGAACAAGAAAGGAGAAAAUACACUGAAGAGUUGCUACGCAUCAGCAAGGAACUGGGGGAAAAGAGACGGGAAGCCGAAGCGAGUGAAGUACUAGCAGAGUCGUAUUAUCAAGAAGGAGUCAUGGAAAAAAGCAUAGAAUACGGUGUACAGUUGCUAAGCAUUAGCAAAGAACUGGGCAAUAAGAAGCUGGAAGCACAUGCCUGCGAUGUUCUAGCAAAGUCACAUGAUCAAGUAGGAGACUCUGAACAAAGCAGGAAAUGCGGCAAAGAAUUACUAAGAAUUAGCGAGGAAUUGGGUGACAAGGAACUGAAAUCAAAAGCGUGCUGUUUUCUAGGCUGGUCGGAUUCUGAACUUGAAAAAUAUGAACAAAGCAAAGGAAACAGCAAAGAAUCACCUCGUUUCGCCAAGGAGAAGGGGGAUGAAAACCUGGACGCAGAAGCAAGCGGUUGUUCAGGUAAGCCUGAAAACUUGAGAAAGGUUUUAACGGUUAUCCAAAAACGAAAUAUCCGAUUUUCUGACUGAAACCGAAGGGAAAGAAUUGAAGAUUAAUUUAUUUUAGCAGAUACCCUAGCCUUCAUAUAGCAGUUGUCAACCCGUCGAUUACUAUUUAUGCGUAUUCUUACCUUGCAAUGUUUUUUAGGUAGUAGUGCGGCUAUUUUGUCUUCGCACAGCUUCUGAAAUCUUCUUCCUUUUUUUGUUAAUUUCUGCACCACACCAAACAUAAUUUAUUUCUAUCAAUGAUAGAAAUGUGAUGACGAAUUUUAAGCCUUGUGAAUAUAUGAGAAAGAUGACUUUUCAGUCAUUGAGCGACUCAGGCGGUUCGGAAGCCGGGAAAAAAUCCGCCGGGGAAAAAAUCCGAGUCAGUACUUCCAUUAGGAGUCGACCACUAAGAUACAGCAGAGUGGUGGGCGCUAAGGCCACUAAACUAGGUUGUGUAUAGGAGAUAUGACUGUUUACAAACAUUGUUUUUGUUUUUGAAAUGUGUAACAAGUAAAAAAUAAGAAUCACUUGUUAAUUACAAGAACCAAUAAGCUUGUAGCCCCAGUUGUUCAAAAGGUGGAUUACGCUAUCCACCAUAUAUAUAACUAUCCAGUGGAUAGUGCAAUUGGUUACCCAAAUACUUAUCCACUGGAUAAAUAUUUAUCCGAUGGAUAGCGCUUUUCAUCUUUUGAACAACUGGGGCCUGGUUGGCACAUUAAUAUCAGUACCUGACGUCAGCGUGAGUAUCACUAUGUUUUAGUGGCCUUAGAGCACACCAGUCUUGUUAGAAAUUAUUUCGUCAUUGUGGCGGGAAAACUCGUCACGGGAUUUGAAAACUGAGCUUUGCACGAGAGUCUUAGAACUGUGCAGUCGUUCGGAGUCGUGGAGCUGAUCGAGUGUGUAGAUUGAGUGUAGAUCAUCGAAUUUUUACGCGAAUUGAUGUCGAUGAAUCCUUUAAGUGUAGAACAGAGUACAGAAUUCUAAAAUAUGAACAUGCGAAGAAAUAUACUUUAAUGGAGUGACGAAUUAAAGCUGCAGAGAUCUGAUUAUAUCAUACAACAUUUGGUUACAAGUCUCCUGCCGGUAGCUUAGUGGUGGAGUAUCUGGACUGGUCCGACUCCUAUUGGGAGUACUUUAAUUUGAUUUUUCCCUCCGAGUUUCCUCUAGUACUAAGUAAAAAAUCAUCUUCUUCAUAACUGACUUAGUUCUAAGAAGACCAGGUAUUCUAAGCAUCGUCCUCCUCUUUUCUUUUGCAUUUCCUCAAAACCUCUCCAGGCAUUCAACACACGCAAUUGAUUAACAUACCACUCAUACAACAACCGAUCCAUAAAAAGCUGAUAAAAUAGUAACAAAUAUGGAAAUUAGCACUGGCUAAAAAAGUUCUAAACUAAAAAAUGUAUUGCAUACGAUUUAUUCAGUUCCAAGUGAGAUCGAAGCACGAGGACCAAGAGCAAAGCUUGCUUAUUUAAAUGCUUUAAAGACAGGAAAGGUGAAGGUGAACCGAGCACGAAUCAUGCUGAUAGGUCAAGUUCGAGCGGGAAAGACAAGUUUAAAGAAGUCAUUGCUUGGUCUCCCAUUUCAUCCUGAGGAAGGAAGUGCUGAGGGAAACGAAAGUGAUCCAUCGAAAUUCGAAAUAGUCACCGAACAAGCAAAGAACUGGGAACGCAAUGAUAAAAAGUCAGGGGUGUCUCAAUUUGCCUCCGAUCUUGCCAUGAUGGUGUUCAGAGAGCUCCAAGAGAAUAAAGACGAAGAAAGAGGAGAUGAAAAGAAAGUUGACGAAGGGGACGAAGUCGAAGAAGAAGGGAAACUGAUCGUGAAUCUAGCUCAGGUAAAGCUUAGUAGACAAAACUUAGUCAGAUGGCAACAGAAAGAAAGAAAUAGGUAUCUACGAUGACAUGUGCUUACGUUGUUCAUAAGUUAGGUGUGUGCCAUAAAAAACAACAACUAAACAAUAUAUUUAAUUCUUUAAAAAAAAAAGUAUGGGCAAGGCCGGGUAUGGAACUCAGUAUGAACCCACGUAGAUUGCAUGACAAAAAACGAGUACUUAAAAGCCAUUACUACCCUGCGAACAUUUAAAGUCAGGGUCUCCUCCGAUCUUCCUAGAUAAGUCGAUAAGAGGAAGGAACCUCUGCCGACAUCCUAGACAAUUCGUAUUGAGCAUGUUCCAAAUUCAAAUUUUUCUGCGACAUCAAUCAAACCGUUACCGUAGCAUCCACUGUGUUUCUCAGCAAAUAUAAAUGUUAGCUGGAAAGUACCCGUUCGUUUUCACCCUUUCGUCUCUGUGUUUCCCCUGGAUUUGGAAGCCCUAUAGGAACAAUUUCACCUUGGGAAUCUAAACUUGCCAUGUUUCAGAAUAAAGAGGAUAAAAAAAAACUUAGAGCUGAGGUAAAACUUACGGUGCUUUUCAAAAACAGCAGCGAACCUUGAAACACAGAAACACACAAAACGGAUCGAAAUCCACCAAUCACAUACCACAACCUUUUGUUUUCUAGGAGGUUCUCUAAGAUGUAAUGGUGAGAAAGCGAAGAAAGCGCCGCUUCUUCAGAUUUCGAAAAUUGACAUCGCAGGUCGGGUGUUAUCCAAAAAUAGCCGUAAAAGCAUCGAUCGUUUAAAUGCAACUUGGAUUCUGUAGCCUCAUGAUCGUAUUUUUGUUAUGAAGGAGCAAACACAAAAGAAUAGAAUCGGCUAAGCACAUGGUUAAAUCCAAAACAAAAUCCGUCUCAAAUCAGGGUGCAUUUUCCAAUUUUUCGAAAACUGAACGUUCAAUCUAUAAUUUUCUCAAAUUUCUGCAAGAAAUUGAAGCGGCCGCAGCUAUUUGUUUUGUUAUCGAGCGUGGGCGCAGAAAGAGUCAGCAAAACUCCAGCAUACACGUGCGUGCACAGAAAAAACUGGUUUAUCCAAUAUGAAACUUGUCUGACUCAUCCAAAUCGCAGCAUGAUCAGAAAAUCAAAGGAGUUUCAAGAUGUCGUCAGAGUCGCCUCCUCUUUCCCGACUUAGCGAGGAAAGAUCGACUCGACUCUGCUAGCAGGGUAAGCCAUUACGAGUGGCAAUCACUUAUCUGCUAUUACGGACCAUAUCGGGUCCACAACCUAGUACCCAUAUAUACAUAAAUUGUGUACCCAGUACACAUAGAUUGAUCAUAUCCUCCUGUAUGUUAAUUUGCGCUAUAUAAAUAUGAAAUAUCAAUAUUAUUAUUAUUACCCCUUUGCCGAAGGUUACCCGUUUACGCAUUUUUUACGUUUCAUUUCAUUUGAUACAGUAGUUUGUUUAAUUCAAUAUAGUAGUAAUAUGGUAGGAGUACAUAUACAGUAGUUUGUUUCAAUACGUUUGUUUUCUAUUGCCUAUUUCAUAUCUUUCUAAAAAUAUUUUUUGAUAAUAAAAAAGCGACUUAGAGAAAGCUUUUUCAUUUUUUUCCAUUUCGGUAUGCCGUCGGUCUGACUUCGCUGUUCAGGGCAAUUUUAGCUCUCAUCUUUUCCCUACAUUUUACUGAUGAAAACUAUCAUUUCUUCUGAGAGUUUUAAUCCUGACAUCUCAAUCAAAAACAAAAAAACAAAAACCAAAAACAAGGUUAGCAAAAUCCUCUAAGAGAAAAGGCGUAUUUCUUUUAGAAAUCUAAUUAUCUUCGGAAUUAUAAACGUACUUUUAUGAUACUAGAUUUUUGGGUUUAAAGAAUAACAACAAGCAACCAAAAAAGAAUAUAAAAAUUCAUUUCGUCGAUAAAAAUGGACGAUAUAUAGCAGAUACCAAACCAGACCCGAAGGUUACUUGCCUUUGUCUUAACGCUGUCCGCUACAAGGACAACAGAAUUGGACUCACGUGGCCGAAGUGCCUGUACGGGGUUUUCCCAAUUCCUCUCUGUCAAUUCACUUCGGUGACGUAUACGAGGCGAACGGUCGGGAAAUGCCUAGACAAAAACAGAAUGCGCAUGCGUGCGUUUCUCAAGAUUUUGUCGAUGUUGUAAACAGCAGGAAAUUGUGGUUUUUUAAAAAGACACUUGUGCAUAUUUACGGGAUCGGCUUUGAAAUGUCAUCAGAAUGUUAUUCAUAGUCCUGUGAGGGUUGAUUCUGCUCCUUUAAUCUCAUCAGUCCAGCUGAGCUAUUGGAGUUUGCAGCUUAACCCAAUUAAACAACCGCGAAUUUUCAAAGUAAAAACAAUACUUUAGCCACCCUCUGUGUGGUAAACUUAGAGCGCCAAUCUUGAAUAGUCAGAAAAAAAAAACAUUACUCUUAAAAUAAAAUUCAUUAGCUGCGCAUUGAAAAGUAUCCAAAAACUGAACCUAAAAGUAAAAAUUCUAUAAAGCUCGCCGACAUUCACAAAAGUGAUGCGUGUAUUAAUGUGAAAAGCAUUACAUUCAACUUGGUUGCUGUUGUCUCAGGAUCGUGUUUUGAGCUUUUGUCAUCAAUGAAAGAACACAUGAUUUCUCGAAAAAUGUUUAUUUAAGUAGCUAUUCACACGGGACCCGUACACCGAAGUGUAUUUGCUAUUCAUACGGGAUCAAGUCUCUUGAAAUUUCUGGUCAUUAAUUUCCAUGAAAGUGUAAGUGUCUUCAACCACUGUUCAAUUUUUAAGGAAAAAAAAUUCAGUGGCAAAUUCUAAAAGGAAAAAAAAACUCGAUACGUUACGAUUGAGAAUCCAUCCCGGGGCGUAGAACCUAUAGUUCGUAGCCUAAGCACUCUACCACGACAGGUCCUCUACCACGGGAUACUCGCUGCUAGGUGGAGUUUGAUUUUCAUUCAUAUAGCAACAACCGUAACCCUUAACCCUAAUCAGUAUAGUCAGUGCUUAACCCUAAUCAGUGUAGUCAGAAUCCCGUAUGAAUAGCCCCAUACAAGUCGAUGUACCGGUCCUGUACGAAUAGCCACUAGGUUUUACCUAUUUAAAAAUCCAUAAAUUAAUCCUGAAACGCAAUUCGCGUAACCCAAACUUAGCUCGUCGAUCCGUUUACGCAAGUAAAAAUCGGCUGAGCACAUGACAAAAAUUAUUCAACACAAUUCUCAAAUCACGGCGCUCAAGAUCUCAAAAUGUUUAAAACGUCUAUGAUGAAAUAUUUACAAAUAGUACAAAAUGUACCUGAAAAUUCUCCAAACACUUAGCUGCUUGGUUGUGUUUCAAAACAGGCCAAGCGCUUCGAUCGCGGCCGUGAUGAAAAUUUUGUGAAUUUCGAAUUCCUCGAAGGACAGUUUUUGUUAAGAAAAGCCUUCCUCUGUCCACUAAAAGAAAACUAAGCAUUCUUUUAAACUUUCCCUUCUCAUCUAUAUCUUUUAGCGGUGUAUUUUUAACUUUGAAAUGCAAAACACUGGUCUUGUAAUCCACCGCCAUUGAGCUGUCUCACUUUUGAACUUUUGAGGAUUUUUGUCUAGGCCAAAAACCCCCAGCAUUUUCUUAUGUAGUAAUAGAUCACACCAAAUCUUGGUUGCAGUCCGAUGAUAAUUCUACGGCCAAACCACCAAUCAUUCGCUGAGAAACAGUGUAGCAACAAUCAGAUACCGGCUGACCUUUUUAAAUUUGCAUUUACCAGUAGAAGACCAGAACCUGUAAUCCUGUAGUUACUGUAUCUUGACGUCCGACGAAACUUUUUGCUUUAAAACUCCGGUGUUCAUUCCAGUCAAACAAGUAGUAAAACUCUGUAUAAUCGAUGUUUAUGUUGGACGUUAGCACUCUAGCAUAAAGUUUUACAUCCCCUUAUAUAUAUGUUACCCAUGGUUUUUAAAUGGAAUUAAAUUCCCAAAUUUAUAGCCUAACGGGUUCUUUCUAAAGUAUUAGAUUCUCAUAUACGGAUGCAGCAGUACGUGAAUAACAGUUUUCUGGUGUGUUAAGUUUGGAAUGGCCCCAUGUUUUUAAGCACUUUUAAUGGUUGAUUCAUCGCCCCAUUUUUAGUUUGGUUUUGACGCUCCUGGAGAACUUCAGGAAGAAGAAAUAGCAGUGGUUAACUCUCAAACCAGUCAGGUCAGUUGGAAUUCUCUUCUGUUCAUAGCAUCUUGCCCCUGUUAGAAGGAUUUAAAGACCCAAAGUAACAUACAAUUUUCCAAAAUUUCAAACAUUUUCCAUUGCCAGACACACGUGCUUAAAUAAUUUUUGCCUUGAAGUUAUUGCUAAUGAGACUUUGUUGCGGCAAUAUCUUUUUUCUGUAACCCUUAAAAUUUUGAUACUGAUCGUUAUUAUAAGGGAAUGGUCAUUAAUUACUGUGAGAGGGCUAAGUUUUUAGGGCCCCAAUUGCGAAGGUCCAGAAUUUUUUUGAUCCACGUUGCCUCUUUAGUUAGAGGUGUGUGCUAGGAGGCUUUGAUUUAGGCUGAUUUUCUAUUAGACUGGCGCAGGUUUGAUCCAUUCCGAUCUGUUAAGAUUGUACUGCUGGGUGCAUGUUUUGGACUGACUUUUGAUUAAAAGCCCAUCGAUUGUCUUUAGGAAAUACUGACCGCCUCCAAAAGGUGCAAGGUUUCCAGAUGUUAUUUGACCGCGACCACUUUUUGGUCCUGACGGUUUAAUUAACUGACGUUUUUCCAUUGUUUUUAACCUCUUGUAAGCGACCACUUGACCCAUUCUCUGAUCUCUAUUUUCGUUGUGUGCACUGUGCUACUCUGAAUAUACGAAGGCCUUUAGUGACAACAUGAAACUACACAUAUCCUAACUUAGACAUUGCUUGCAAUAAAUUAUCUUCCAUAAAUUAAAGUAGAUGUGCCUGGACCUCUUCUCGGAAAAGGCCCCCGUGGUUCAUUGUUUUGUAAACGACCACCUCCUGUAAGCGACCACUCAGUCUUUGAAUUUUGGGUGGUCGCUUACGUUUUCGACUGUAUUCGUUCAGUUUAGUCGUCUUAACUGACCUGAGAUAAUAGUACUUUCUGUUCUCUAGUAUCACCUCAGUCUCAUGUACUUUUUCUGACGGGUUUGACUGUUGUUGCCCUUUGUCUGCUUUUUUGAGGCUUAUGACAACGUUUCUUCUCAGCCUCUUUAUAUAUAAUAGCCUAUCCACAGACGGUUUUCUUUCUUUCUGUUAAAAAUUUGCGGUCAAUAAAUCUCCCGCGACUUUAAAAUUUCAUACGCGCGCUCGACAUCUCUAAAGAGAAAUUAGAGGUUCCAUGAGCAGGUAGUCUCUAGACCACGAGUAGUCCCCCAUUUUUCCUCAGGGAUAGUAGAGAGGGAUAGUAAACGCGAGCGCGCGUGAAAAUCACCCACGCGAGAAAAGGCGACACGUCUCUCCCCGCCGCGUGUUGCCUUUUCUCGCUUAGGGUGAUUUUCACGCGCGCUCGCGUUUCGCACUGUCUUCUAUCCCUGAGGCAAAAUGGGGGACUACUCGUAGUCUGGGUAGUCUCCUUCGCAGCCGCUCGGGCCGGAGUCAUCCCCACCCCCACGUGGGAAAGGGAGGCAUUGCGUGACUCCGGCCCGAGCGGCAUCGGAGGAGACCAGUGAGCAGGCUCAGUACGGCUUGAAGGUUGCAACCUCGAAUUGUUUUUAGGCGUAGUGAUGUGAGAAAGUUGUGUUUUGACACUUUCCAAACAAUCCUCUGCUUUUAAGCACCGUUUAUUUGACAUUUUUGCUCUAUUUUUAGUUAUUUUGUUGUCUGAAUUUAGAUUUGAACGUCUUUGAUUGAAUUUCGCCUUUGCUAGUUUUCUACUUUUCAAAAGUUUGUUACCAUUAAAGGGGCUAUGUCAGCUGGAGAACAUGCGCUCUGAGGUUAUGCAAAUUACUUUCAACUGUCAAAAUUCUAUUGUUUUUAACGCGUGACCUUCUCUGUCACGUCGAAGGCUCCGAAUUUAGAGAGGUUAACAAGCGAAAUGGAUUUAGAUAAAGGAUAUUUCGAUAGAAUUUACACGGCGUUUCUUCUCUGGUUAUGCUAGAUCAAGAAUAAAAUUGUGACGACCAUUUUACUUGUAGUUUGGGAGUAAAAACGCAUGCCAUUCAUAAAAUAGUGCGCAAACAAAAAUUCAACAACAACAUAUUGUCUUAUUCAACAAAAUAAAUCGAAGUUGUAUUUUACAAACGAGCUACAAAAGACGCUAGACCGAAGAUAAAGACCAAGACUGUUUCAAAUCAUUAACAAUUAGACUUGUCUGUCGCUAGUGAUUUUAUAAUUUAGAUGCUGAUAGAACAAGAGACAUCAAGUUUUUGUUUUGAUCUUAGGGAAACAUACAUUAUCGCGCAAAAUUGUUCGAUCGUGCCGAAUCACUGCGACGUCGAGAAAAACAGAACCAAGCAUCACUGGUAUACUACUCCACUAUAAGCAGUCCGUUGAUAAAAAAGGGAAAGUAAACUCUGCUAUUUUCCAAAAAUAUGCUCGAACACAAACAGUUCAAAAACAUGGCAUUUACUGGAUCUAACUCGUACUAAGGUGCCUCUCUAAGUCCGUUAAGAACAAUCUGGACGAGCAAACGGUCGUGUUUAUCUUUGCCGUGAAUCCAGAUAAAUACAAGGAGGAAUCUAGCCGAAUUUUAUAAUGUUUUCUUCUCCAGGAGUUUAGUUUGGUCACGAAACUUAUGGCCUGAUGCUCUUGUAAUCGUUUACCAAAAACGGCCGCCGCCAACUCGAUAGCCGCUUCAUUAUAUGUCCACAUACUUUGAGCACAAGAAAAAUCCAAGAGCCAGCAACCUCUAAAAUAACUCAAUAGAAAGGUUCUGUGAACUAUACGGAAGAUUCCAUCAAAGAUUCCAUCACUCAUUGUGGAGUAGCCGUCAUUAACUCUGCCAUUACAACGGCCGCUGAUAAGAGGACACAGUAAAUCCACGUAAAAACAUUCCACAGGCAAACAAUUUUAAAAUAACGCCAAAAAAUUAUUCUGUAAUCACCAUAGAACGAUUCUUAAUACAAAACUUCGCUAACUAUCGAACGAUGGCUAAUAUUUAGACAGAUAAAAACAGCCUUCCAAAAUCUCCGACAGAACUUGAAAAAGACGGGCCGACUUUUUCAAGUUUGUUUUCAUUGGCUCGCGCAUGCCUGUGGGGUGACAUAGCCCCUUUAAAUGAUUGCGUUUUACCCUGCUAACAGAGUCUCCUUCGAUCUUCCUAGGAAAGAUCGAAGCGACUCUACUAGCAGGGUAAUUGCAUUUAGCUUACAAUCUUAAACUAACUGACCAAAACGAAUAACUUUUCCAGCAGUCGGUUUUCGUCGUUUUUCAUUUCUUUGUUUUUAACUUUAAUUUAUUUAUUACUCACAUCGCCCUCUUUUAUUCGAAUUUGGUUGAAAACCUUAAUUUCGCCUCUUUCUCAGAUAUUUCCACCAUUAGACAAAAAGACGUUUCACCGAAAGGAAAGUAUGAACGAAAGGAUAAUAACGGAUAAAAACAAUCCACAAAAACCUUCUAGUUUUCUAAGAUUUUGUCCAACGUAUGGAACUGCAGGAAGUACUUUUAUUUCUCAGAGUUCCCUUAGUUUUCUAUCAGUGGAAAAUGUGUGACUUUAGAGUACAGAAACAUUACCAGUUGGUGAAGCCAUGAUUUAUGAACCCGUUUGAAAUGGCCUUUUUCUAAAAGCAGGUAAUUUUUAUCACAAUUGUAGAAGUAGCAUUUCAUUCAUUUCAAAUUAUUUUUCAGGGUAUAUCUGAGAACGAUAAAAAAGAAACAAAUUCACCCGUAUCGACUGACUCAGAAGUCGAAAUCGACUUCAGUUCGCCGCCAGAAGAAUUUACGGAUCAACUUGUUCAAUUGUUGAAAGGGGAUAACCCACCAAUUGAUGCAAAAACUGUUGAACAUCAUAUGAUCCUUGAUCUGUGGGACUUCACUGGUCAACAGGCGUACUAUGCAUCAUAUCCAGUAUUCUUGUCGCCACGAGCUGCUUACCUACUUGUUCACGAUCUCAGCAAAGGAUUAAAGGACAUUGCUCAGCCUUGCUUCAAACAAGGACUUAAGAAAAUUACCCGUAAUCACCAUAAUCCAAAUGAAGAAACAAAUGUAGAAAAUUUGUUGUCGUGGCUGGUUACUCUAAGCACCAGGUGCUCACCAAAAACAAAAGAAAAUGUUCAGAAAACGAAAGGGGGAGGUCGGCCUUACUCGUUUCGCCCCCCAGUGUUCAUUGUAGGAACACAUGCAGAUAAAGCACAUGAAGACAUCGAAAAGAUGAAAUCACAGAUUGAAGGAGAAAUAUCUGGAAUGGACUACGAGAGUCAAGUGAUUCGUCCUAUCUUCUCUGUCGAUAAUACCAAAAGCUCAUCAGACAAGGGAGUUGCCGCCCUUCAGAAAAAAAUAAUGGAAGUUUUGAAAAAAGAAUCAUACAUGGGAGAGGAAAUACCAGUUAGGUAAGUGUCUUAGUAGUGAAGAAUACCUGAGAAAGAUAAUUUAUCACAUCAUGGAGAGAGAGUUUCGACCGACGAACGUACCACCGUUUCAAAGAGGAUAAUGCAUAUGGUCUGUCUAUCCGGGUACAUACGACAACAGGAUUUGCUGUUAUCCUGUUACUUUUAAACGUAGCAGCACUGGAAAGAAUUAGUAAAACCUGUUUAAGCGGACACCCUGGGGGAAUGCUCUAUGAUGUCCGCUUAAUACAGGGUGUCCGCCUAAUACAGGUUUCGAUAGAUAUUAACGUCAUUCAAACGUCAUGCCAUUCAAAUGAAAACGUGGAAACAUUUGGAAUACUCCGAUGCAGAGACUAUGACGAUAUACGCAUGCGUUUGCAUUAAUUUCUUUCUUUAAGUGGACCAAUUGAUCAUGGUACCAUAAACAUUAGAUUGCACCUCAAAUUUGAAGAGAUCAGGUGAGUAAAGCAAGCUCUAUACAAAAAAAAAAACAAACAAAAAAACAACAAUACUGCGUACUGUGAAACCGAUCACGUGGGCAGAACAAGUUGUAUAUUGUGAAAACUAUUAUAAACACUGUGUCCUUUUCUAAGUUGUUAAUUGUACUGAUGCAAUGGAUAUUAAGCAUUAUCUCUAAAGAUAAAAGUCAUCAAUUCGUGAUUGUUUGAUUUGAGAAUCUUAAACUUCAUUUUCUGGAGCAAUUUGGCUGCCUUGCUUUAAUGGGCAGCGUAAGGUCCUCUUGUCCAUCCAUGAUAUCAGGCAUGUUGGGCAGUGGAGUUUUAUUACAAGUGUCCGUUUAAUACAGGUUGGCAACAAUAGAAAUCACCAUUUCAGGUACUUUUUAGGUGUCCGCGUCCGCUUAAUAGAGGUGUCCGCUUAAUAAAGGUUUCAUUUAAAGUAAAUAAGGGAAAUAAAGUUGGGGACUUCGGUUACUGUCCGCUUAAUAGAGGGUGUCCGCUUAAUGCAGGUUUCAUUGUAUUCAACUUACCUGCACCCAGACCUCCACAGACCGGCCCUUAUCCCAUUUAGAACCAAGUAGAGUACACUUAUGUUCAUAAUAUGUAUACAGUAUUUAUAUACAUACUGAGAAAUACUCACCAAAAAGCUAUGUCGUAAAUUUUCGUACGCAAAUUAGUUCAAGCCAAUCAGAGGAGCAAACGAUGGUUUUCACACGUGAAAAAAAUGAUACGUCCAAUCAGAAGCCACAGAGGUGUAUGAGUUUCGCGCCAAAAUUCCCGCCUUUUAUCGCAGCUUGCAUUCGCACACAUUCAACGAGAAAAGUUUUACUCAAAGAGUUUUUCUCGCUAAAAAAGUGAAAAACAUUUCGGAAAUGGAGUGGAAUAGUUUCGUUUGUUUCACUGUCGAUAAAGAAAACGGUAGAGAGCAGGCGAAACAACAGCGGAAAGGGAAAACCAGAACGAGACGUAAGCUUUUGUUGUGCUUUUUUUCGGAGCUACUUUGCCUUUCAUUUAAGCUUAAGCUAAAAUAUUUGAAACCGGCCAUUUCACUUAAAUUCACUCAUUUUUAAUUGUGCAUUGAGAAAACAAACAGUUAAGAUUACUUAUAGUUCUUCGAUUACCUCAUAUCCUUGCCGUCAUUUAUGUUUUUAACAUCCUCGGAGACCCAGGGGCAGUCAGUCGGGCCGGGAGAAAAGGCGCGACGAAAGUUUUCAAGCACGGGCGGAAGAGCCCCUGGGUACCGACUCUCACAGGACCAUUUCCAAACGGUCAAGUGAAUGCUGGUUCCUGAUUGGGCACAAAACUUGCUUUGUAUUAUUGUGCCCAAUCGGCGAACAGUUUCUCCUGAGUUCAAUUCGUGAGUUCGUACACGACGGCCAUUAUCUCGCCACAGUAGCGCGGUUCGUUCACCAAGCUUUCCCAACCAGACAAAGGAACUACUGAUAAGUCGAAAAACGUUUCGGAUGCUAUCAGCAGGAGCAAUUCAAUUUGCACUGCGAAAAUUCUGUUUCUGACGGAUCACAAUGUAUCGUAAAUAAUAGGAAGUUUAAUUUAAGAUGCGGUGGAGACAAGAAAUCAAAAAAGCAAUAGCUUGAAAGGGAAAACAACACCUUUGCACGUGCAUCACGCUUUGUUGUACAUUUCUUUGCCGUCACUGCAGGACUACCACGUGAAAAUGCCUAGCUUCACGUUUUGUGAAGGACGUAAACAAGCAAUGAGUGACAAAAUUUUCUUUCUCCUUAUGAACUUGGAUAUGGUUGAUAGAAAUUCAGCUCAAGAAGAGUUCUCUUACAUUUACAUGUAACAAAGUAAGCGAGUUGGAAUAAUCACGAAAGAGACUGAAAAAAUGUUAUUCACUUUUCAUGCGACGUUUUCGUGGCUGUCAGUUAUCGUGGCAUCUUAAACUCCAUAAUAUUUACCAAGACGUGAUCGAUGCAAGCGUGAAUAUCUGUUGUAAGCUCAAGCUUGUAUUUUCGUAAAAGCGUCUUUAGUUUUCGGGUUGACAGUAUUUUGAAAUGGAGAGUUUAUAUCAAACUAAGAGUUUCCUGACUGCCUGCAUUUCUUUGGUGCAUGAGCCAGACAAGCCGUGAUCGAAUCAAUAGCCGUCAUGUACAAACUCACCAAAAGAUACUGUUCGCCGAUUGGGCACAAUAAUACAAAGCAUUUUUUGUGCCCGAUCACGAGCCUGUAUUCGCUUGAUCGUUUCGAAAUGGUCCGGUGAGAGUCGGUACCCAGGGGCUCUUCCUCCCCUGCUUGAAAACUUUCGUCGCGCCUUUUCUCCCUGCCCCACUGACUGCCCCUGGGUCUCCGAGGAUGUGUUUUUAACGAACGUUUUUAAUAAAAAGCUGAUACUUCGUUUUCGUUGUCAUUUUGCGGUAAGUGUGUAGCGGCAAAUUUUAGCAUUUUUGAAAGAUUUAAAAUAAAAAGGCCGCCAAAAUGAUGAGUAGCUCAGUAUGUAUAUAAUAAACACAAUACCACAUGGAAAGUGCAUUGUACGGUAUUUACGCACUCGUUGUUUUGUUUCUGAUACGUCAUCAACUCGUACGUAAAUACCGUUCGCCAGCACUUUCCAUGAAGUAUUCUCUAUAUCUACAAGUGAUAUUAAUUUCUAUAAAGACAUCUAAUAAAGCCUAAACAUAUUUAGAGUAAUUAUAUACACCCAUCCACGAUAGACUGUAAUUAUAGAAAAAAAGAUAAUAAUAGACAAUAAAUAACGAUAAUAAUACUAACCUUUCACAAUAAUAAUAAUAAUAAUUAUAACUUAGUAAAAGGUAUAAUAGCAAAAACUGAAUUCAUGACGUACAUAAAACACAGCCUGGAGGACAGACCCUUUCUACAAGUUCCUUCAAAUAUUGCUUCCUUAUCUUAUUCUUAAAUGAUACAAGUGUACUACUGUCCUCAUAUAGUGGAUGAUAAUUUUCUCCAUGGAUUUAAGUCAAAUUUGCUCAUGUGCAAAAGUAUGCAAACUAAGGGUAAAAUCUGCGCAAAGGUGGUAAAUGGGUGUGAAAAUUCAGCAUUUUCCACCUUUGCGCCGGUUUUACCCUUAGUUUGCACACUUUUGCACAUUUGACGCAAAUCCAUUUCUCGUCUGGUGGAAGUGUUUAUACCAAAUCUAAAUGUUUUAAAUCUAGGCAAAAUAAAUUUGGCGGCCCUUAAAUUAAAAUUUAUUAUGUUUACUGUGAAUAAAGCUGAAAGAUAUUUCCGCACGACCUUGUUUUUGACCUUGAACAUAAAAUUGUUAUAUUUUGAAGACCCCCGUUACAUAUUUGAGUUUUCAUUUUCCAUCUUACUAACAACAGUUGACUGUUCGUGGAACUUCAGUCAUUAUGAAGUGCCCCCAGCCCUCUUUCUUCAACUGAAUUGAAUUUUCCUAAUUUUAUAACAUUGUUACUAUCCGACUUCCUACAAAAAUGUCACGUCAACCGGCAGUAUGUGAGGUAGGGAAGGGCAGCGGCCUUGUACAUUUCCAGUUUAGCCUCUCGAGCGGUAUGAGCUUACACAGGCACAUCGGUACUCCAAUCAACGAACUUAGCUUUUCACUAGCAUCUGAUAUGUGCCCAGAGAAGGAGCUGCUUGACCGAAGAAUCUAUUUGAUGGUAAUUAACGUUUUCAGAAAUUUGGCUAGAGAUAUUAAAACAAUAGGCCAUUUGCACUAAGAGAUUAUGUGACAUCGUUUUUAUGAAAAUGAAAGUUAUAUGAUUUUGCCUUCGAAAAACGACUAGGAGGUCAAAUCUUAAACAAAAUAGUAGUGAUUUGGUUUUUCAAACCCGCACCAUUUUCUUAAAAUGAAUAAGUUCGUAAAUGGUCACGUGACCAAAAUGUGACUUUUAAAAUUAUGAAUUACCUCUCUCUGAACACAAAUUUUGCACUUAAACUUCAAGGAAAAUGUUGAAAAGAUGAUGUGAUAACGUUUACAGCACAUCUGAGCGUAAUUAUGAAACAUUGAACAAGAUAUAAGCAAGAAGUAGUUUUGGCCGCCAUGUUGGAGGGCAAAAGCAUGCCCUCCAACAUGGCGGCCAAUACAAAUCAUAUUACUGAAAAAUCAAAGUGCCAGAAAAUAUCUCCCUUAAAUGCGUUUCCUCUCAAAUUUCGGGUGUAAGAUAAUUUUUGUGUGCUCUAACAAGUUUUGGCAUCAGCAAGAUUCCAACUCAUUGCUUAAGGGAAGCAUUUGUCACGUGACCUCUUAGUGCAAGUGGCCUAUAGUUUCAUUCUCAGUGACCGGUGCUAUUUAAUAUUCACUUAGAUAUGAAACAAUUCUUUCAUCUUUUGUAUUUAUAUUCUGUUUUCAGAUGGUUUAACUUCGAAAAGGUUGUCCAAGCUUUGACUGCCAAGAAAAUAAAUUGUUUAAACUUCGUAAAACAUCUAAGUAUUAUUCAGAAAGUUUGUUUCAUUGAAGACGAGGAUGAGUUUGCCACUAUGUUGGACUUCUAUCAUGACCUCGGCAUAAUUGUCAAGCACCGCGGCACAGUUGUGCUUUGGCGUCAAUGGCUAAUUAAUGUCUUCAAACAGCUUAUAACCAUUCCUUCUUUUAAUGAAAGGGUAAGAAAAAAUAUAUAAGUGCAUAAUUAUCACAAAACUGCACUCAACCUAUAAAGCAGCACAAUGACCGACCGGGCAGAACGUUGCAGUCUAAGUUCGGUCGAUUAGGCCGAUCAACGUGAUAAAUGGUUCCUACUCCAAUUUUCUGCCAUGUGACAAAGCCACUGCUAUUUAUCCACUUGAAUCCCGCCAGCUUCUGCAAAUUUAGCAGUGUAACAUUUAUAGAUAAGGCUACCCUUCUUGUGAAAUAGGUAGGCUUGAUUGACUCUUUAAAUCAAAAGUAUUUGGCCGCUCUUAAACCGUUAUAAGUUUCGUCGUGAGACGCAAUUUGGUAGCUUACCUUAGCAGAGUAGCAUUAAUCCUUCUUUUGCAACUUUUAAAGCACGAACAGCAGUGUUUUAUCGCGCGAAAAUUUCUAGACUUGACGGUGCUGACUGAGGGAAAUCUGACACUGCUCAAACAGCUUCAAAGGCAUACAUUGUCCUGGGAGUAUUGAAUUCUGCCGUUACUGCUUUAUGGGUUGUUCUCAAAAGGCAUUCUAUUUGAAAGGAUGUGGUCAACGUGCUUGCUAGUUUUCGCCCUGAGUAGAGUACAGUGUACAUUUUUUUCUAUGAAGUGUUUUUCUUUUACUGAGUUGUAGUCAAACUUGGUUCUUUGGGAAAGUAAAAAUUAUAAUAACCUAGAGCCUAUUUCAGUUUGCCUGGGCCAUACUGACUAUGUUUUAUCCCCGUUCAUGGGAGGGACGCGUGUAAAAAGGCUUUUUUCUUCCCUUCCUCUUCCUUCCCCCUUUCUAAGGGAAAAGUCCUGGGGACGAGGUUGAUGGUAUUCCAGUGGAGUGUUUUGUAAAUGUACCUUUGAAUCUUCAUCCUACCUCUUAGGCUGCGUGCACACAGGCGCAACAACUCCCAACAUUGUUGUGCCAACAAUGUUGGGAGUUGUUGCGUGCGUGUUGGCAGUGGUGUGCAAACGGAUGCAACAACUGCCAACAAGUUUGGGACCUGCAGUGUAUCGUGGGAAGAACACAACCCGUAAUGUAAUCCAUGCUUAAUGAGUCUGCGUGGCCCCAACAAUGUUGGAAGAGAUGUGCAAACAGAUCCAACUGAAAAGUUGGACCGGUUUCAAACUUUGCGCAACAACACGCAACAACAUCCAACAACAUGCAACGGGGUGUGCAAACGGACGCAACAUGUAACAUCCAACAAUGUUGCGUCUGUUUGCACGGCGCUUUAGUUUAGACAGGUACCUUUCUCUUAAGGAGCAUACUGCAAUGCCAAAAAUAUUUAGCUACCUUUGUAGCGACGAAAUUCACUCUUGUUUACGGACCUUUAUUUCCAAUACUGCAAGGACGGCUACAAUCUUGAAUCGUGACAAUACACGAAGACAAUGUUCCAAACAAUACAGUCGUCAAUGCGUCGAAACCGAUCAAUUUUGGUCGUUACUUCGAGUGAAUGCCCAAGCUGCAAACACUCGCUGAAACGUAUCAAAAGGCAACUAAUAAACAAAGUCACAUGACCUCUAAAGGCGGGAAAACAAACGAAACGGGGAACCCAGCCGCUACACCCCACCCCAUGCGAACUUAGUGAAGCAUUACAAACACAAACUAGGCAUGGGUUCCCACGCCUGCUAAGUUCAAGUAAUAAAGGAAUGUCAAUCAAUAUCAGUGUCACUGUUCCUAUACUUGUCUGUCUCUAAUAUCGUUGGAGAUUUCCUGACUCUUCCAGCAAACAAAGUUUCUGUAUAGGACGUACUAAUGUGGUUGACGCGCCCGUUUUCACAACUACUGUCCGGACAAGUCCAUCUCUUCCGGGAACUGCUUUAAUGACUCGACCCAUACGCCACUGUCCUCUAGGCAAGCAGUCGUCCACUAGUAGCACAAGGUCUCCAAUCUCAGCAUUCCGACGGGGUCGCUGCCACUUCUGUCUCUCCUGUAAACCUGAGAUGUACUCCCUUAGCCAUCGCUUCCAGAAAUGAUCAGCUAGAACUUGUGCCUGUCUCCACAUCCUCCUAGCAAAUAUGUCCUCUCUUACGAAGACUUCAGGAGGUAAAACAUGAACAGCCCUCUGCAGCAGCAGGUGGUUAGGAGUCAAGGGUUCACAAUCAUUUGGGUCAUCGGACGCAGCGCAAAGUGGUCUAGAAUUCAGAAUAGCCUCAACUUCUGUUAAGACGGUUGUUAAUACUUCUUCGUUCACUAGGCUCUCACCGAGUAUGGCCUUGAUGGCUGUGCGGGUACUACGUAUUAGUCUCUCCCAGACUCCGCUAGCAUGUGAAGCCUUUGGCGGUUGGAACGCCCACUGACAUCCCUUCUGAAGUAGUUCAUCCAAGAUCUGUUUCUGGUUCCAGUCUUCUAUCGCUUCUCUAACUUCCCUUUCUGCACCGACAAAGUUUGUCCCAUUGUCCGAGUAAAUACACUUGGGUGGGCCUCUUCGAUUCAUGAAUCUUCUUAGAACAUUGAUGAAGCAGUCUGACUCUAGAGAAGUAGCUAGUUCCAGAUGCACGGCCCUGGAAUUCAAACGGGUGAAUAUGACACCCCAUCUCUUGACCACGGCUCUCCCUCUUUUCACGUUUAACGGUCCAAAAUAGUCGACGCCAGUGUGAGUGAAGCAUGGUUGAUAAGCCGUAGUACGAAACGCUGGUAGAGUGGCCAUCAUCUGCUCCAUAGUGGCUGCCCUUUGCUUCUUGCACUUUAAACAGGAUCGUACUACUUUACGCACAGCAGACCUCCCUCGAGGUAUCCAAAACUGCUCCCUUAAACUUGCCAGUAUGUGGUUCUGACCAGCAUGCGCUAGCCGUUGGUGGAAGGCUGCAAUAAGCAACUGGGUGACGUGAUGCCCUGGCGGCAUGAUCAUUGGGAACUUGGCUCCAAAGGCAAUGGCAGCUUCAGAAAUGCGUCCUCCAACUCGCAUUACUCCAUUAUCCAACAUUGGCCGAAGCUUGACAAUUCUGCUUGAAUGUUUGACAUUCUUUCCCUUUUCCAAGUCGCCUAUCUCAUCGGCAUACGCCUCACUCUGCACCAACCUUACUACAGCAGUUGUAGCCUUCUGUAGGUCAUCUGUCGUUAAGUACUUUGAACUGCUGCUGUCUCUAUCUUUCUUUAGAUAUGACUUGAAUUUUAACAACCAGGCUAUCUUUCGCAACAGCACUGACCAGGAAGAAUACCUUACAAGAAAUUCGUGCAUGCUAUUGGGUGACUGCAAAGUGAAUAUAGCUUUUUCCACCUUGACUUCUAAGUUGUUCUCUGGUAGAUCGCCAACUUCAGUGGUCGGCCACUCUGCCUCUGGCUGGGAUAAAAAGGCUGGGCCAGCGAACCACCUAUCGCUGCUCAAAAGCUGUUGAGCUGAAAGCCCACGAGAUGCAUCAUCUGCCGGGUUUAGGUUUCCUGGACAAUGUCUCCACUGGGUCGGCUCGGAAACUUGCCUUAUUUCACAUACACGGUUUGCUACAUAGGUCUUGAAUCUACGGGACUCGUUUCUGAUGUACUGCAACGUGAUCUGGGAAUCUGUCCAGAAGAAGGUAGAAGAAAUAUUCAAGUCUAUUUCCCUUAUGAUCAUACUGUGAACUCUUGCUGCUAUCGUAACAGCCUGUAACUCGAGCCUCGGGACAGAAACGUACUGAAGAGGAGCCGUCCGGCUUUUGGCCAUGAUAAAUGAACAAUUCACCAUUCCAUCCCAUGUUUCUCUUCUCAAAUAGGACUCUGUCCCAUAACCAAAUUCAGAGGCAUCACUGAAGUGAUGUAACUGGAAUGAUUUAUCAGCAUGGUAGCCUCCAGGGAAGUAACAACGAGGAAUAUUGACUUGAUUGAGGAGCUCCAACUGCUCUCUCCACUUUGUCCAGCUUCUCAGCAAGUCGUCUUGCAAUUUCUCGUCCCAUUGAAGUUUAAGCUGCCAGGUCCUUUGGAGGACUCUCUUAGCUUGGAGCAAAACCGGUCCAAUCAUGCCCAGCGGAUCGAACGUGGAGCUCAUGGUUGACAAACACCCUCGCCUCGUGACGUCAUUUAACUUCUUCGGUAAAGGUGACACCUUCACUCCCAACGAGUCGUUCUCGGUAUCCCACUGCUGACCCAGCGCUCUUUCGAUAGGAAGCUUGUCCAAAUCCAGGUUUUUAACCGUCCUUUCCCCAGCUGGGAUAGCAGCUAAUACUUGCUUGACGUUGGACACGAACUUUGUCAACCGAAAGUUCCCUCUUUGCAACAACUCCAUCAACUGCAGUGAAGCAUCAAUUGCCCGUUCAGUGGUAGGCACAGAAAACAAUCCAUCAUCUACAUAGAAAUUCUUGGAGACAAUAGCGCACACUUCCUUGCUAAACUCGGAUUCAUUGUCUGCAGCUGUUCGUUUUAAAGCCCAGGCUGCAAUCGAUGGAGAGUCUGUCUUUCCAAACAAAUGGACAUUCAUUUUGUGAUCACUCGGUGGCUUAUCGACGCCUUUACUCCACCAUAAGAACCGUAGGGCAUCUGUAUCCUCCUCCCUGCAGACUACUCUGUGAAACAUGCUCUCGAUAUCAGAGGCUAUGGCUACGUCCUCUUUUCUGAAUCGGAUCAGAACUCCAACGAGAGAAUUGUUCAGCUGUGGUCCUUGUAGCAGUUCUUUAUUCAGGGAUGUCCCGCCAAAUUCUGCGGCCACAUCGUACACCACUCGGACCUUUGCUUUAUUCAGGUUAAUUACACCCUGGUGUGGUAAAUAUCAUGUGCAUUUACUCGUGUGGGCGGCUUCCUCAGGGGACAACUUCACAGCAUACCCCUUUGCAAUAUAGUCGUUCAUCACUGUCUCGUAUUGCUUGGCGAAUUCUGGACUUCGGUCAAACCGUCUCUUCAGUUGCUGUAACCUCCUUUCUGCUAAGGACCGGUUGUUUGGAAGCUGAGGGUCGCUAUUUCGCCAAAGGAGACCGACCUCAUACCUCCCGUUCUUUAAUUUAGUGGUGUUGUUCAAUAUUUCAAGGGCCCUUCUGUCCUCACGGCUGUCGCAACUGUCACCAACAUUUCCAAAUCCGUUUGAUUCAGAGUCCCAAAACCUCUCAACUUGCUGGUGAAGUCCCAUGACCGACCCUUCCUUGGUAACGUCAAACUCGAAUACAGAAAGGGCAACUGGCUUGCUAUUAUCUUCCCCCUUGUUUGUGGGCCCAGCUACGCACCAUCCAAAUGGAGUUCUCAUUGCGUAUGGCUGGUUCUGUGGGCUAUCUCCCCAGCGGUAAUCGAGAACUAUGUGCGCCUGAGGCACAUCCUGGCCAAUGAGAACUGAAACCUUCGGAACAUCCACAGGAAUAUUCGGCAGUUCUAAAUGUGCAAGAUGUGGCCAUUGUGUUAAAUCUACUUGGUUCGGACAAUACCGGUCACUAACGUUCAAGUCCUGUAUGGCCAAGGCAUGAGGUAUUGAGUACAAGGGCCCAUCUCGUCUCAAUGGGCGUAUCAGAAAUUUAACUCUGAUGAGUUCACAGUCAUGAUUCUUGUGUGUUACAGUGUUAAUGCUCACUUUCUCGGGAGUUCCAUGAAGUUGCAAUCGUUCAGCUAGGUCCGACGUAAUCAAGGAACUGACAGCCGCUGAGUCUAAAAGGCCGUACGAAGUGACCAUAGUUCCGUUUUCACCCACGAUGGACAGCGGUACCACCUUGAGUAGCACAAAGCUUCGUUUUGAGUCUUCCAUAGUUACGCUUACGGUUAAGUCCUCACUGGGAGUAGCGCUACGAUUAACGCUCUCCUCACCCUUAUUGGCGUCAGAAGUUGCUGUGGGUAGAUGUAGUAGGGAAUGGUGGGUCGAUGGCUGAGGGCAGCUCUUCACAUCACAACCCUUAGUUUUUGGACAUGUCUUUAUCAUAUGACAACUGGACAAACACCGGUAACAUAGUGCACUGGAUCUUGCAAAACGCCGGCGCCAAUUCAAACCCUUCUUUGCGAACGCUGAACAUUCUGAAACACAUGCCUUCCCUUGCAAACCUGACACCCCUCUUCUUCGCCUCUUUCAACCCGACGAACAUGUUCUACCUUUGCAGGUAGGGCCUUGUCCUCUUGGGGAGUAUUGGUCUCCUUUGUUUUAAUCUCUGUCGACAAGGUGGGAAUAUGUGUUUCUCCAGGCUGUCCUGAUGUGGGAAGAGGUUUUUUGAAGUUUCUGCCGGUGUUAGCCCUUAUUGCAAGGGUACUAGGUCUUCCGUAGACUGGGUCAUUCUCAGUUUGCGACUCGGCAGUUAUGAACUCCGAAAGUUCCUUGAGCGUCGGCUCUCCACCACCAGUUCUUUCACGGUACUGCUUGGCUGACCUUCUCCAUUUCGCCUGCAAGGGGUACGGUAGACGAUCAUAGAUUUGCCGUAAGUUCGUAGUACAGUCAAGUUCCUUUGAUUGCAGUUCAAUCAUUGCCCAGCGACAAUUUUGCACUUUAUCGGAAAGAGCUAGAAGGGCUGCACUGUCACCAUUCUUUAACUUUGGGCCAUUUACCACUGACGACUUGAGGGCCUCCACUACCAUUGCAUUUUGUCCAAAUCUCUGCCUUAACAUUUGCAGAGCGAUGUGACAACCAUUUGGUAGACCCCGAUAGUUUUCGAUGACUUUCCUUGCUUUACCAGCUGUGUAAGUCAUUAAAUAAUUCAUUUUCUCGCUAUCAGUCAACGAUGCUCUGCUCUCGACUUGAUCUCUAAAGUCAGCUCUGAAACGAAGGUAGCGGGAUGGAUCUCCAUCAAACGGAGCGGGUACAGGCGGGGGUUGCGUCAUUCUUAAUUCCAUCUUUUCCCAGAAGGCCGCUGGUGGUACAAGACUGGUCACUUCGGCAUUGCAAUUCGUUACCAUGGGGUUGCAGUAUGCUGCACUACCAUUGUUAACAACACGUUCCGAUUGUAAGGGUACAGAGGGCAACGCAAAUUCCGGUGCCUUAGGGUCUAAAGCGCUUAUAGAUUCCAGCUGAUUCUCGGCAGGGUCAUUCAAAUGCUUAAUUUCUGCUUCAGUUUUCCUCAAAUUUCUGGAUUCAUCUAUGGUUUGUAUAAGAUCAGUGGUCUGCGAAGACUUCUUUGGUUUAGGCUGAUCGUCGGCAGCUGUAUCAUUGAUGUCAGGAUCAUCCGAGCCCAAAUAUUGUUCGUCAUCCUCCUUCAUAGCGUCUUCAUACACUUUGUUGACAGCGGCCACAGCUGCACGUUGAGCCAUUAGUUUUGCUCUUUCUGCUUCCUUCUUCGCAGCCUCGACUUGAUCAACUUGUGCGAUCCUUGCCUCUAACUCAGCCUGCCUUGCCUUGGCUUCGAGAGCCUUCGCCCUUGAGGGUGUGGUUGACAACUUCGAGGACCUAGAGCCCUUUGAUUUGAUGCUCUUGGCAGAACCCCUUUCAAUUUUCUCAUCUCUAAUCCGCUGAUUGGCAUCGAUCAUCCACUUCUGUACUGUUUCACGAAUGAGUCUAAUUUCUUGGUACAAGUCAUCAUAAUUCUGAGAGUCCGUAAUUUGUUCCUCCUUUGUAAGAAGUUCUUGUAUUUCUUCGUGUAGAUCACCAAACUGCUCAAACAGAUCAUUUAGUUUAAUAGACAAAUCACUGAUUAACUCAAGGUUCUUAUCAUGGCUCAACAGCGUGCUGAUGUUAGCAAUCUGAGAUUGUAUUUUUCGUUUAAGUUUAUUUCUUUCUCCUUUCCUUUGCACGAGGCGAUAGCCUUUGCCCUUUUCAGUUAGUUUCCGAGGUCUCUUAUCGAUAAAGGUCUGAUCCAAUUCCGCGUUCCCUUGUCCAUUCCACAUUUCCUCUGAAACACAUGCGUUUUCGUCCAGAGGCGGCGAGUUUGUCGUUUCGUUCGGCUUUGUAGCGUAACCAGACUCCUUGUUUUCGUUUUCCAUUGCGGUAGAGAAGGCUUGAGGUUCACAAAGUGUCAAAUCCGGAGUUUUUGUGAGAUCGAGGGCCGUAUCUCGGCCAUCAUCGCUCGAAAGAUCCCAAACCGACAUCACAAAACAAAAAGGGAUCAAAAACCCUUGUAUACAAACAUAGAAAGUACUCACGGCCAGUGUUGCCCGCCAAAUAUUAUUACCAGGACUCAAAAUACCAAUAUUCACAAUAAGAUAGGACAAAUAGUCUGAGAACGGUGCUCGUAGGCCAACAAAUCAUCUGAAUGCAGCUCGGCGUUCGAAGUAACUGUAGCGACGAAAUUCACUCUUGUUUACGGACCUUUAUUUCCAAUACUGCAAGGACGGCUACAAUCUUGAAUCGUGACAAUACACGAAGACAAUGUUCCAAACAAUACAGUCGUCAAUGCGUCGAAACCGAUCAAUUUUGGUCGUUACUUCGAGUGAAUGCCCAAGCUGCAAACACUCGCGGAAACGUAUCAAAAGGCAACUAAACAACAAAGUCACAUGACCUCUAAGUGCGGGAAAACAAACGAAACAGGGAACCCAGCCGAUACAACCCUAUUCUCACUUAAUUACCCAAGUCGAGUAGUAAGUUUCGCGAUUUUCGCGGAAUGGAAAAAUCGCGAAAUUUUAAAAGACGGAAUCCACCGGGCCAAAAUUGAGUAAUUUUAACUUUUAGAGGACAAAAACCUUGUACCAGAAUAAUUGAAUUGAAUAUCAAAUUUCACAAGGAUUGUGCCGAAAACACAGGUAAAAUUCUGAAAAAUUCAUGCAUAAGAUGUCAUUUUGUGAAAUUUGAAAUUUGUUUUCUCGGGCUCCCAUAAGAAAUUUUCUUUUGUGUUAUUAAAGAUGACUAAUUACAUCAUUAGCCCUUAAAAAUAUAAAAAAUAAUGCAAUAUGUUUUAAAUUAUUCUUGUACAAGGCUUUUGUCCAUUGAAAAUUGAGAUUACUCAAUUCCCGAUGGAUUCCGUUUGCCAAAUCUUAUUAAAAAUGCCUAAAAAUCCUAAAAAAUCCAUAAAUUAAUACUCGCGAAAGUAUAGCUCAUGAUUUUUCUCGAAAUUACACACUCGAGAAAUUAAGUGAAAGUAAGGUAAUCCGUUCUUAUGUUAAUAAUUUGUAAGGUAUCAGGGUUGCCAUUCAAAAUGAUUUCCUUUAUCUUGUUUGUAGUAGCACUCAAGAAAAAGGUAAAGAUCCUUAAAUAAUUAACUGAUAAGUGUGAGGCAAUUUGUUAGUGGUCUUAGUAACAGAAAACGAACGGUUUCGUUCGGUUUUUGCUAGGAAGCUGUACCAGGCAAGCUAUGGAAAGAAAUGCAGACGAAAGGUGUCCUCCACAUGGAGCUGGUUGAUCACGUGUUCUCCAAGCACUGCCAGCAGCAAGGCCUGAUCAAGGAGGAUAUCCUGAGCAUGAUGGAGCAGUUUGGAUUGAUCGUAAAGAUUAUAACCUCGACCUCGCCAACAAAUGAAAUUAAAAAGUGCUUUGUGGUACCCUGUCAACUGGAGACACCAUUUAAGACCAAGUUUGAGAUGGAGUUAUCACAAUCAGAUCCAUGUCCAUUAUAUCUUCACUUUUGGGGAGGGUAUGUUCCUCAUGGUUUCUUCUGGCAGUUGGUGUCACGAUGCUCAAAAUGGUGCUCUGAGAGUAAAUUCAAGCAUGCGCAGGCGCCGAAAGUUUUCCUUGCGGCAGCUGAGUUUAUCAUAAAGAAGGAGUUCUCUCAUCAGCUGAUUUUCUUGUGCAAAAAGAGAUUCAUCAAGGUCAUUUUGACACAUUCCCAGCCAUUCCACGGAGCAUCAUUCUCCGAAACAAGAGAAGUGGCGUUUCUUGUGCGAACGUUCCUGGAAGAAACAGUAAAGAACCUUAGACGUGAGCUCCCUUGGUUGAGCAGCUUUGACUGUGAUUUUUGUGUCGUAUGUCCUGACUGUCUACAGAAGGAAGACGCGUGUUGUAUUCACGAUGUGAUUUCCUGUGACCAUGAGGAUUGCCUGUGCUUUCUUGAAAUUCUCGAAGAAGGUAAACUCAAACACUGUCCAAAAACCCUCGGCGUUAAAGAAAGGACGGUUGAAGGACUGGAGAAAUGGUUUGCAGGCAAAGGUUAGAUCUCGUCAUGCCUAAUGGUACUUUUACAAAUUUAGGUAGAGAUAUCACUUUUUAUAGUCACUUCGGUCGAAUGUGAUAGUCAACAGUGAUAAAAUUGCUAUUUCCAAUUCCUGUUCCUUCAUGAAACGUUGUACAGUUUUGUCUUUUUCUACAAUUCAAUUGCCUGCCAGACACAAGGCAUCCGACCGGUCGUGUUAGAGGGUAAACAUUUGCCACUCUAGAAACGACAGGGAAACUGUGCAAAGUUAACAUUCGCAAAGAUUUCUGGGGCUUUUACUAGUGACAGGGAAAAAAAUUGGCCAAAAGCUGAUCAGUGCGUCUCCUAUAGGGAUCACAGAAACAGUUGUGUUGUUCCAGUCCCCUCUUCUUUCAUCUUUCUCGUUUCUAGAGAGUGCCGAAUAACGACUGGAAACUACAAGAAGUGGCCGUUGGUCGCGAUCGUAAUAACAGCGCGGCUGUAUUAACGACGUUUAAGAUUAACUGUAUGGCUGGACGUUUUGUUUGGGCGAAAAAAAGUGGUCGAACGGGGUGUCUGUUGCUUCUUUGUUAAUGCAUUACCGUUUUUCAAGUUUUUAUCUCAAUGUUCACAGUUGCCAGUGUAUAAUCCUUAAGUGUCAUUGUCUGAGAAAGUGUUCCAGGAGCCAAAAGUUGUGGUCAACCGAUUUGGCUGAAACUUGACACAGACGUUCGGUGUGAUGAGAUAUUUCAAAAGCCACUUUGGCUCACUUCUUUGACUUUUAGUUUUGGAGUUACAGGGGGGGUCUCAUUGUUUGCCCUUUGAGCACCAAAAAUCCAGCCUUCCAGGGGGCAUUUUGAAAGUGUGAUAAGACCCCACUGGUAAAUUGUGCUGCCAAAUGAAUUUGACCAUGAACUCUACUAUAAUAGAUCUUUCAGUUCAUGCAUGUAACUUUGUCCUCAAGGUGUUGCACAGAGAGGAGCCUGGGGCUAGAGUUUGGUCAAAAUUGAUGUUAAAACUACAACCCAAAAUAGCCAUUUUUCAACAUUUCACUAUAUUCACCUGCCUUCUUGCAUAACUUCCAUACCUAUUCCACUGUUUAUUAUAACAUAGCUAGAAAAUUCGCCUAAUCAAAUUCAAUAGCGCGAGCGUGCUUCAUAUUCCUAUUGAGCACGCUGAUGACGUCAAUAAACUAUUCGUAAUUCCUCGAGUUGUUGUGAGCUUAGCAAUCCUGAGUCUCAUGAGUGCAUCCAUAACUCGGCAGUACACGAUAAAAAGUUUACCAUGUGUUUUAUAAGGAAAUUUAAGAGGAAACGUUUGAAUUUGUUAACCGAUAGUAAGGAAAAGAGGUGAGUGCUGUUGUUGUUGUUGUUGUCAUCUCCGCGAGCUGUGCAGACUAUGGCGUGAGAUCAUUCUUUGCAAAGUUGUUUUCUCUCAAUAACAAUUUUUCGGUGAAUUAAUAGUCUUCCGGCACCUAAAUAUAGAUUUUACAAUCAUUUUAGAGUUCACUUUCUCUCAGUUUCAGGAUAAAAACAUAAGCUUAACUGUGAGGAAAAAAAUAUACUCACGUAAACAUUGACGCGUACUGCUUUGAGCGCGCCCUACAAUAAUAAAAUUUUAAGUUAACUGGUGCAUUGAUCGCUUUGAUAAUGUUAUAAAACAAUUAGUUCAUGCUGCAGCUGUGCGUAUGUCGAGAUAUUGAGCACUUGGGAAGUUUGGAGAGCACUCAAGAGGCUAGAGUUGCACUCGGCUGCGCCUCGUGCAACUCUUACGCCUCUUUCGUGCUCUCCAAACUUCCCGCGUGCUCAAUAUCUCGACAUACGCACGCUGACGCAUGAACUAAUUGUUAACUUUAGUCACCCAAUUAACAAAAUCAGUUGAGAAAAAUUUGUCUUAUUAUGGUUUAUUGAAUUUUUGAAACAAAUACUUCAUGCCCCUCUAAGGCGAUGCAAAAUGGAAUGUUGAGCAUAAUUCAGGCCAUAAACAAACCAAAUUGUUGACAAGAAGCCCUAAUUGUGUAUUUGGUAAAUGAAAAUGAAUUUUCAAAGCCAAAUCAGUUUCGUUGUUUAGAAAUACACCGAUUAUUACCUUUAGAUUGAUCUAAAACGGGCCUCUGGUUAGCACAAAAAACACAUGAUUUAGCAAAACAAAGGUGAUUUUAUUCUUUGAAAACCUAGCAACCACCAUGGGAACACAAAUGAUGAUGUUCUGACAUAGAUAUGACGACCUUUUUACAAGAUGCUUAAAUUUUUCUUUGAUUUAUAUUCAGUUUAAUGUCAUAUUUCUAAGCAUUACUCCAAGCAUGUGAAGUCUCCAUAUUUUGUCAGGCCCAUUUUUUUAUAUUUUCACCAGAUAAAUGUAGCUUAUGAAAAGGUUUGUUAACAGAUAAUCUUCGUCGGACCUUGUAAUAUCCUGAAUAGUUGUUGUAAAUACCCAUUAGCAAAGGAGCAUGACCAUACGUACAUAGAUUAUACAAACAUAUACGAGAAUCAGUGAGCAGUAUCGAGGUGAACUGUGAUUGUCCGAGUCCUUUAGAGAUGAAAAAAUGAAACCAUCCCUCCACAGUUAGGAGAGCUGGAUAACAAAAAGCUUUUGUUGCUUUUUUAAGGAAAAUAACCCAAACAAAGCCUUGCAUUUAGAUGAUGCAAUUGUUAUUAUAUCAAAUUAACUAGCCGCCAUUUUGGACUUGGAGGGUGUGGGGACUGGACCGAGUUCCCGUCCAAUCCUUCUCCUGUUUCGCGGGAAUUUUCUUGUGUUUUACAUCAGGUGUGUUCGAAGUUCUAGGAGGUGAUCUGUUUCAGGAUGAUUUUACGAUGGCAUUUUAUUCCUUUGGAGGGGUGAAUAAAGUGCAGUGUCACGUCGUGGGCUGUGCAAGAAACAGGAAUGCUUCCUUUGUUAUCUUGCGAUAGCGGCAUGGCUGCAUGGUUAAAGCACAAGUAGAAAGGUUCAAGUGUGUCCGGGGAAGAAGAGGAAGACCUGGUGAUGCCAAAGCUGCAGGUAAUUUAAAAGAUCAGUUAGGGAUGAUACACGCGCACAAAUGGCUCUUAUCGCGGUUUACGGGACUCCUUUACUUGAAGAGAGACGAUGAUAUAUGAGUUACGAUAUUGUUGUCUUAAAUUGUUUGUUUAUGGUUGAUUGAUUCCCUUGUUAAUUUCCUGGGUCCUUACGAAGAGCACUAAACAUUCAACAAACUCAUCGCAGCAAUAUCUUUAUUAAAAGAAACAACAACAACAAUAGGAAUAACUUGAAGGCUGUUUUUUGUCUGCUCGAGCUGUUUCUUUACAUUCAGCUUGUCGCAUGGACACGGUUAUAAAGUAAUGCUAAGUUUGGCAAUGCACAAUUUCGAGCCGGCUUUCAUUGAAACUCGACCGGUCUCCUUUAUUUGCCUGUUUCGUCGAAGACAAGUGAACUUAAAAUAGGCCUAGCUACAUAAUUCCGCAGGAAUUGUUUUGGGAAUCUUAGACAACGAAAAGAAUUUUAGAAAAUCUCAAGAAUAUUAGAAAAAAUUGUAAAAUACUAGAACUUGAAUAGCAAUAUAUCUAGGUGAAUACUGAAUAGCAGUUUGAACAGUCAACCGAAUUUUGGCAACAUUUCACAGGCAAAAACGUUGAAAAAACGUUCUUAUUUUUCUAUAUUUUCUCAUUAAAUUUUUAAUUCAAUAGUUAACAUUAUUUUAAAUAAUUUUUUAAUUAAAUAAUGAAACAAUUUUUUGUACAAAUAUACACGAAUCUUCAGUGCUCUUCCAGAACAAUUCAGAGUCAGUUCCCAUUCAAGUACGACAUAUGUGUGUUCAUUGCCUAUGCUUUAUUCCAAGCAAAUCCAAAAAUAGCAACUAAUUUGGUUGAUUUUGCGAUGGCGUUUUUUAAUGACAUUUUCUCGCUGAAAAUGUCAAUUUCAUCGAAAAACUUAGAUGUAGCAUGUUUUCAAAGAUCUUCGAUGAAAAGGGUAAAUAAUGGAAACCAGUAACUGAAUUGUGCAUUGCAUGAUAAGCGUGUGCACGUGAAAUGCUGAAUGUAAACAAACAGCUCAAGCAGACAAAAAACAGCCUUCAAGUUAUUCUUAUCGUACUUGUCUUUUUUUUUUGACAAAUUUGUUUAGUGCUCUUCCUAGGGGACUUGUCAGAAAUUAGCUGGCAGGGGGGGAGGAGGGGGAGGUGGGCAUUUUAAAUUUGGGUUCGGAAAUGAGGUGACCCAUCCCUGCAAUGGGCAUGAAAUUUGCUAACCCUCCCCUUGGACUUGACUUAAGAUAUCAUGACCCUUCCCCUCUUGUAUAAAUGAUAAAAUCUAGUUCUUGCAAUACACUAGGGUGAGUCAGUACUAUGAAAACUCAAAAUAUAUUUCUAAUCUGUUCUUUGUAAUGCUAUAUACAUACAUUUUAGAUGACAGCAUUAAGAGUCCGACUCUGAUUCUGACAGCUGAUCACUCGACUCUCCUAUUUCUCCCAAGUUUUUUUUUUUACCAAAUAAAGAACUUCUUUUUUCUUCUGUGGGUGAACCUCUAUAUGAUCACGGGCAUACAUUUGCAUGACCCUGUCCCAUUUAAAGGCCCAUUUUUCUCAAAAAGUUGUGACCCUCCCUCUGUUUCCACCCCCCAUUUCCUCCUGCUAAUUUCUGACAAGUCCCUAAGUACCUAGGAAAUUAACAUGGGAAUCAAUCAACCAUAAACGAACAAUCUGAGACAACAAUAUCGUAAAUUAUAUAUCAUCGUCUUUCUUCAAGCAGAAGUGUUCGGUAAACCGCGAUAAGAGCCAUUUGUGCGCGUGUAUGAUCCCUAACUGAUCUUUUGUAUCACCUGUAGCUUUGGUAUCACCAGAUCUUCCUCUUCUUCUCCGGACACACUUGAACCCUUCUACUUGUGCUUUAACCAUGCAGUCAUGCCGCUAUCGCAAGACAACAAAGGAAGCAUUCCUGUUUCUUGCACAGCCCAAGACGUGACACUGCACUGGUCAUUUAACCCUCUAAAGGAAUCGAAAAAUUAUACUGAAACUGAUCGCUUUCUAGAAUUUCGUACACGCAAGGACCCAGUCGUUCGAAGGCCGAUUAGCGCUUACCCUGGGGUUAAAUUUAACCCGUGUUUGUUUUUAUGGUGUUUAAAAGCAUUUUCUUGGAUAAUUUUCUCCGCUAUUUUUAGAGCUUCUAAUCAUCAACUUGUAGACAAAAAGAAUUAAAACUGAAAUGCGUUUUAAGCUUUCAAAUCUGAAUUCAAAUCUCGCGCUAACCCUGGGAUAUCUUAACCCUGCUUUGAACAACUUGGCCCUGAUGAAAAGACACAACAAAUUCCCGCGGAAAGGAGAAGGAUUGGACGGGAACUCCGUCCAGUCCCCACACUCCAAAAUUGCAGGCCGGCUAACUCGAUGUAAUAACAAUUGCAUCAUCUCAAUGCAAGGAUUUGUUUGGGUUGUUCUCUUUAUAAAAGCAAAACAAGCUUUUUGUUAUCCAGCUCUCCUAACUGUGGAUGGAUGGUUUCAUUUUUUCAUCUCUAAAGGACUCGGAAAAUGACAGUUCACCUCGAUACCGCUCACUGAAGCUCGUAUAUGUUUGUAUAAUCUACGUAUGUAUGGUCAUACGCCUUUGCUGAUGGGUAUUUACAACAACUAUUCAGGCUACUACAAGGUCAGACGAAGAAUAUAUGUUAGAGAACCUUUUGAUAAGCUAAAUUUAUCUGGUAAAAAUAUUUUAAAAAUGGGCCUGGCAAAGUAUGGAGACUUGGAGUAAUGCUUAGAAAUAUGACGUGAAGCCAUAGGUGGUCCAAGCGUAAUAUGGGCCACCUGUGGCGUAAUAUGAGAGUUUGUAUGGGAAAAAUAGAGUUUGAAACUUAGAUGAAAUAAAUGUCCGGUCAGAUGAUGUAAAAGUACUCAAAUCGAGCUGACAAUGACUCCAGGUAACAAUAUUUACACUUUAUUGAUAACUUUUAUCGCUUUUCCUUCAUUUAUUUCAUCUAAGUUUCAGACUCUAUUUUUCCCAUACAAACUCUCAUAUUAUGCCACAGGUGGCCCAUAUUAUGCUUGGGCCACCUGUGGUGAAACUGAAUAUAAAUCAAAGAAAAAUUUAGGCAUCUUGCAAAAAGGUCGUUAUAUCUAUGUCAGAACAUCAUCAUUUGUGUUCCCAUGGUGGUUGCUAGGUUUUCAAAGAAUAAAAUCACCUUUGUUUUGCUAAAUCACGUGUUUUUGUGCUAAUCAGAGGUCCGUUUUACACCAAUUUAAAGGUAAGAAUCGGUGUAUUUCUAAACAAUGAAACUGAUUUGGCUUUGACCAUUCAUUUUCACUUACCAACUACAGAAUAAGGGCUGCUUGUCAACAAUUUGGUUGGUUUAUGACCUGAAGUAUGCUCAAAAGUCCAUUUUGCAUCGCCUUAGAGGGGCAUGAAGUGUUUGUUUCAAAAAUUCAAUAAACCAUAAUAAGACAAAUUUUUCUCAACUGAUUUUGAUAAUUGGGUGACAAAAGUAAACAGUGAUAUGGGUAUGGAAGUUAUUCAAGAGGGCAGGUGAAUAUAGUGAAAUUUUGAAAAAUGGCUAUUUUGGGGUUGUAAUUUUAACAUCAAUUUUGACCAAACUCUAGCCCCAGGCUCCUCUCUGUGCAACACCUUGAGGACAAAGUUACAUGCAUGAACGGAAAGCUCUGUUAUAGUAAAGUUCAUGGUCAAAUUCAUUUGGCAGCACAAUUUACCAGUGGGGUCUUAUCACACUUUCAAAAUGCCCCCUGGAAGGCUGGAUUUUUGGUGCUCAAAGGGCAAAAAAUGAGACCCCCCUGUAACUCCAAAAAUAGAAGUCAGAGAAGUGAGCCAAAGUGGCUUUUGAAAUAUCUCAUCACACCCAACUUCUGUGCCAAGUUUCAGCCAAUUCGGUUGACCACAACUUUUGGCCCCUGGAACACUUUCUCAGACAAUGACACUUAAGUAUAGGCGCGCUAACUAUAUAUUUGCCAUUCUCGACUCUUUAAAAUAACCGGUAAAUAUCAUUCAGUUUUAACCCUAAUUGAUAUAGUGUAAGGCACCAUAGUUUUUGUUUAUAUAUAUUUAAUUUAAAGCUAGGUCAGGAAUGGACAGUAGAGAUAUAUUCUCGGUUUUCACUAACGUGAAAAAGCAGAAAUAAAAGUGGAAACCUUUUAAUACAGAAAGUCUAAAACCUCGGAAAUGAAAGAAGAUAAAUAUACAAAAAGCCUUGCCAAGAAUCAGGUCUAUUCAAUAGUUCAUAUGCGAGAUAUUCGGCAAAACGUUUUACACAAAUUUAUAAAGCUUUGUAUGGAGACGCCAUGUUUUUGUCCCUUUCAGGGGCACAAAUACCAGGGGCACCCAACGAGGAUGUAGUUCAAAACCACUUAACAUAGCAUUGUUGAGCGUAUUUUAGUAUUCAAAGGGUAGAUAUAGGCAUAUUUUUAUCCCCUAAAAACUUUUCAUCUGUUCGGAUUUCCUAGCUGAAAGUCUAGUGAUCCGAAAAUUAUAGGGAUAAAAACAUAUUUUCUAGAAAAUUUCAGCCAGGAAAAGGCUCCCGAAAAUUCUAGGUGGCCUUUUUUAGGGUCAAAAUCCGUUAAAAAUGGGUAAUUAUACCAUCUUGUAGAUGUUCGAAAAUCCUAGGAGAGGCAGGCAAGCAAGAAAUUUUACAACAAAUGCUCCGAAAAUUCUAGAUCUCAAAUCGUCUUCCGAACAGAUGUUUUCCCGAAAAUUGCCGUUGGGUGCCCCUGAAAUACGGCCGCCGGAAACCAACAGAAACAUCAGUCUCUGUUUUUGAGUUUUGCGCGUGAAUUCUUCUCUUCAGGAACUCAUAAAGAUUAAAGCAAUAUUUAUUCUAAGACCAGGAAUGUUUAGAUAGCAAAAUCUACAAAAAUCCGUAAUGUUUUUAACCCACUUAAGAGCUUUGCCGGCCGCCAGCCGCGUCACGAAAAAGCCUGGAAAUUUAAGCGUCCUGUAUCGCAAAACAAGAACCCUUUUGAACCAAAAAUUUCUUUGUAUAAAGGUUUUAAGGUGCUCUAAUGUCACAUGAAAGUAGACACUCAGAAGAAGCGAUAGUUUCUUAGUUUGAAUUUUGGUGACGUCAUGUGAAAACCAAGAAUUAAUUUUACCUUUCUCUUUCGUUGCGUAGUUGUCCGUCCGCGUUAUCACCCUGGUACAGACUUCGUUUACAACAUGACAGCAGCUCACCCAAGAGGAAUAACGCUGAUCAUUAAUAACGUGUACUUUGACCGUCAUCCUGAACAUGGACAACAGCCAACUCGUCACGGGUCGGAAGUAGAUGUUAGUCGGGUUAAAGAGUUGUUUACUGCUCUCGAUUUUUCAGUACAAACGGAGCAGAACCUUUCAAAAAAAGAGCUCUUGGACAAACUAAGUAAUGUCAUUUGCCAACAGAAUGACAGUGCUUAUGAUUGUUUUGUGCUGUGGCUAAUGAGCCAUGGCAAAAGUCACGGUGAGGUGUUCUGCUCUGACGGUGACACGAUACUUAUUGACACUCUUCAUGAUCUGUUCAGCGAGUGCAAAACGCUUAGCGGUAAGCCAAAGCUCUUUUUCAUCCAAGCAUGUAGAGGUAGUGGGGAAGAUGUAGGAGUGAACGUUUCCCCUGAUUCCGAUAUUUCAUCUCUUAAUCAGGCGAAUAGAAGCUAUGAAUCAACGAAAGUUGACCCAGUGAUACAACUCAGAAUACCCACGCAUUCAGAUUUUCUGUACGCAUUUUCCACAGUCGAUGAGUAUAUGUCGUACAGGAAUAAAGAAGAAGGAACCUACUACGUUCGCUGUUUCGUUGAAGCCUUCCGUGAGCAUGUGGCGCAUGAACACAUUCUCGAUAUUUUAACAAUUGUAAACCAUGAGGUCAGCAAGAUAGGUAUACAGCAACCUUCAACGAAGAAUAGAAAUACUACCAAAAUCUGUAAACAGAUGCCUGAAGUUAGGCAUACGUUGCGGAAAAAAGUUCGUUUCUAA